AUGGCCUCGACAUGCCUAGGUGACUGUCUAAACAUCAAAAGUGACGUGGAUUGUGUUCGACCGGGAACAACUUACGCCAAGCUUUACAAGUGGCCGGUGGCCGAGGCGGAGUUCUUACGGUCAAUCAGCCACGGCGGUAGCCAGCGUCGUGCCUCGGUGGUGGACAGCAUAUCUUGUAGGCAAAUGUAUCUUAGAAGCUAUACCUUCUCAAGAAAUGAAGAGAAUGAAGAUGGAAGAGAAGAUCAAGAUCAAGAUGGCGAUGACGCUAGUAACGGAAGAAACGAACGGAGACGUUUUGAAGGAGGAGAAAGGAAGAAGGCGGCGAAGAAGAAGAGCAUAAGGACUAGUAAAACGAUGCUGCAUAGGGCGUUUAUGGGCAAACUCGUAUUGAAAUGUUUGUCUUGUGCUUUCUCAUAUUAA